AACACAUGACAAUCUUUAUAACCUCACUUUUUAUUACCAAUAAUCUUACAUAAGGCUAUAUGCAUAAUUGUUUAUUGUAAUUCGUAUUUAAAGACCAAAUGUAUAAAAUCGACUGGUCCUUAAAAGUAUACAAAUAAUGUUUUCGUCAGGUGACACAUUAACAAAGAUACUGAAUCGAAGAUUUGUAAAGAUUGGUCUACCCCUUCUCGUACUUGUAGUAGGUGGUUCUUUUUACUUAGAGCAGUUUUCACAGCUACGCUACACAUUUGGCAAGAAGAACAGCGCGAUAGAUCGCGAAGAGUUGAAAAGACUGGGGUUUAAGUUGAAAAAACCAGAAGAAAUAACCUUAGAAGCGGAAUAUGAAAAGCUCAAAUCGUUGGAUAUUGACAGUUGGAGCCAGAAACGUAUACCAAGGCCGUGGGAUGAAACCGCCGAAUAAAUUUUGAUUUUCAAUUUAAUUAAAAUGUCAGCGGAAUGCGAAGAUGUCAUUCCCGCAACUCCACCACCGAAUAAAAAAAAACCGUGUUAUACUAAGGGACAUUUAUUGAAAUUUGCGAUUGAGCCACAAGUAAGGCAUAACGUUUGUACGGCUGUAAGAAAAUGCUAUAAACCUCCGUUUGUGUUUCACGAAAUUGUCGAUAUAAUCAAUUUCGACGGAUUUCGUCAGCCCGUUAACCAAAACAUUAAAACCCUUGGCGUUUUCAAGCAGAACAAAUUAAUCGACCACAGAUGUAGCAUUUUCAAAAGUGACAGUCUGUCUGUUAAAUUAAAAUUCCUUGUAAAUGCUCCCCAGCCAAAUCAAACGGUAGAAGUUUAUGGUUAUUUAUCUCCUCAGAAGGAGAUUGUUGUUAAAUUUUGGACUCAAGUUGUCGGAGAUGUUCAACGGUACUGGACUAAUUUAAAAUUGCAAAAAGCUCAAUAUACACCUCUGUGUUACAAGGAGGUUGAGUGUGUCGAAUCAAGUGUGCCAGUGGUGCCUGAAUAUUUUGAUGAAGACGAUAAUAGUUAUUUAAUUAACAAUGUAAAUUGUAUUGAAGAAAUGAUUAAAGGUCUUGAAAAUU